AUGCCCGUGAUCCCCAAUAUCCAGAUACUCCGAGUCCUCGAAAAACGUCCCUUCUCAACUCGCAGCAGAGAUGAGCGACGUUCGCGUUCUCAGCCAAGUAUUCCCAAGCUACGCGCAGGUACUCCUCCUCUACCCAGGCUUCGUCACAAUGAGACCAUCUACUUUGGAGAGACUCCAGUGACAAUCAUCGACAAUGGUACCAGCGGGCUCAACAUCCGGCCACAAGAAUCUCUCUAUCUGGCCUCCGACCCUCCUAUGACCCCAUUGAAUCGGCUCCGUCACAGGACGAGUAAAUGGUUUGCCAACAAGCGUGCUGCCAAUGUUCCAAGGGAAGCAAAUGAGACGACGAACCUUCGUCCAGCAAUCAAAACCCAAGUCGAAAGUCAAGACGAAGCCCAAAGACUUUCCGAAGUUCCAAAAGCCUUCAAAGCAGUCCACGUCGACGGGGCUCCGGAGUACAUUGAGGACAGUUUCAGCAUUACCCCUUCUCUGGGAACUUGUCCCCAAUGGGUAGGCAUCCGGAGCACCAUGUACUACAGCAUGUCGGACCCUGCUGAAAACCUCAGUGAUAUACUGCAGCCCGACACGAUUGUCCGACGUGCUCCUCGACGCCGAAGAUCUGGUCUCCCCAUCGAGUACCGCUAUGACAGCCACACUCCCGCAAGCUCCAACUCGUCUCCCACCCCGACCACAGUCAUCUGCUCCAAUGUAAGAAGCAAGGCCUCGAAUGACCCCAAAGAUCUGGCCGAGGCACUCAAGAAGUUUCCCAUCGAUGGAAGGUCUCCAAGGACACAACCAGUGAAGAUUGAGACCUUUGAGGAUAUCUCCGCUCUCAAAGUUUAUCUGGAAACAUUCUACAACGAACGCUAUAUGCAGCCAAGGUCUGAGCGCAGUAUCCGAAGACAGCGCCUACUCGACCAUCUUGCUCAAAACUCUUUGUCAUCCUCCGAGAAAGAUGAGCUGCUUCGACACACCACCAAAGGUGUGUUCCACGCUGGCUUUCAGGAAGUUCGCAUUCUUGGCAGGGGCACUUUCGGUCUGGUCAAACUUGUGACUGAUGCCGAUCAUUUCGUGACCGAAGACCCAUCACCAUGCAUGUCAAACGGUACACUGCGUCCCACUUUGGUUGCUCGUGGUUGUCAAAACCCCCGUCUCAUGAAGGACUGUUACGCCAUGAAAGUCAUUCGAAAGGCAGAGAUGAUCCGAACCAGUCAAGAGGGUCAUCUUCGUGGUGAACGAGACUUCCUUGUCAAAGCAGAAGGCUCACAAUGGGUGGUUCCAUUGAUUGCAAGUUUCCAGGACAAUACGAAUCUGUACCUGGUCAUGGAGUUCAUGAUUGGAGGAGACUUUCUACAGUAUCUGUGUCGUCAUGAUAUACUCAGUGAAAAUGACACCCGAUUCUACAUGGCGGAAAUGGUUUUGGCUAUCGAAGAGACCCACAGACUGGGAUGGAUCCAUCGCGACGUCAAGCCAGACAACUUCUUGAUACACUCCUCUGGCCACCUGAAGAUCUCUGAUUUCGGACUGGCAUUUGAUGGUCAUUGGUCUCACAUCAACGACUACUACGACACUACACGGCACUCCCUUUUGAACAAGUACAACAUCCACUUGCAAGGCGACGAACAUGACACUGCAACGAACCGCACUCGUGGCAUGCCUCGUAUGACAAGCAGUCGUCUACCUUAUGAGAUGCACAACGCACGCGAUAUGGGAGAACUCUUGAGGGAGCCCGAAAGAAUGCGAAAGGAACGUCCCCAGAGCAUCGUCGGCGAACGUCUCUCUGGUACAGGUUUACGCUACCCAGCACCGACUGAGUCCGCACUGGCUCUCAUGAAGGAUCUUCUGCGCGAGAAACACCACCGACUGGGCUCAGCGUCUUACGGUCCCAGAUCUUGUCGCCACCUUAGACGCCAUCACAACAUCUCGGAGGCAAGUUUUGUCAUUGCUGGAGAUGCUGAGGAUAUCAAAGCACAUCCCUUUUUCAAGACCAUCCGCUGGGACACGCUACAUCGAACGAAGGCACCAUUCAUACCUGAACCAGUAGAAGACAUCGCAGAGUACUUCGAACAUGAAGACACGUUUGUCAAUGAUAUCGGGACCAGCUACAUGAGUCUGCGGGAGAAGGUCAACCCGGAAGCAGAACCACGAGCCAACCAAAGACUGCUGGGUCCUUACUUUGAGAGAUGGCAGGCCGAGCAACGGGAGAUUGAGAAGGUCCAGAUGGGCAUCGAAACAUGGACUGAUGCCAACGUCGCAGCGUGCAAGAGAGAGAAGGGGGAGCGCUGGGAUGCUUUCAAGCAAACCAGGAUCAAGAAAACUCGCGAACGCAAGUUACAGGAGGGCAAGGAUCCAGACCUAGAAGUCAAGCAGAUUCUGGGCUCGAGGCCCCGAAGAUGCAGACCCAAGGACAUCCUGGUGCGCGACGUGAAGUAUGGGCAGCGAGUGGUGGAGCGAAGGAANGAGGGGGCAUUCUUGGGAUACACAUAUCGCAGUCCUCGAUAUGUGUUUCCAGAGGUUGGCAAGGAGAGAAGACCAGUCUUUUCACGACCUACGAUUAUGCCUGUAGCCGACACCGACGACGAAUGA